AUGUGGACCAACAAAAGAAAUAUACCAAUCAUAAAGACCAGUUUAGUCCCAAAACUACCCCUUAUCAUUUUUUAUAAGAUCCUUUUCAUCAAUAUCACACCAAUCAAAAUGGUGGAUACGGUGGAGCAACCGCCUUCUGCCUCCGUAUCCGACGAGGCAGAAAGCCUCCUCAAGAUCCACAUUGAGAGGAUGCAUGAGAGGCUGAAGGAACCACCCUGGUUGCUCAGUUCGGCCGCCGGAAAACCAACUUGUUCCAUUUUUCGAGUACCUCAGAGCAUGAUUGAUUGUAACGGUAGAUGGUAUGAGCCGCGAGUGGUCUCGGUUGGACCGUUCCACCGUGGCCAAACACGCCUCGAAAUGAUUCAAGAACACAAAUGGCGUUACCUAAACGUUCUUCUCACUAGAACCCAAAACCUAACUCUUGAGGAUUACAUGAAGAGCGUGAAGAGCGUUGAGGAAGAGGCGAGAGAGUGUUACUCCGAGACAAUCCAUAUGGAUUCGGAAGAGUUCAACGAGAUGAUGGUUCUUGACGGUUGCUUUCUUCUUGAGCUGUUUCGCAAAGUGAACAAUCUUGUUCCUUUCGAACCAAACGAUCCACUUGUAGCCAUGGCUUGGGUUCUUCCUUUCUUCUACAGAGAUUUUCUCUGUCUUGAGAAUCAAAUCCCUUUCUUCGUUCUUGAAACUUUGUUCGAUCUCACAAGAGGAGAUAACAAAAACGAGACCAACGCUUCUUUACCGUCUCUAGCGUUUGCCUUCUUCAACAACAUGAUGCACAGAACAGACGAAGAUCUCGCCAGGUUCAAAGAGCUAAGAGCAAAACACCUCCUCGACCUCCUCCGGUCAAGUUUCAUCCCGGAGAGUCAGCUUCACACGCCACCGGAAACGAAUCCAGGUAAGGAGAAGACGCCGUCCCACAUCAUCCACAGCAUCUCGAAGCUCCGGCGAGCAGGGAUCAAACUCCGGGAGCUAAAAGACGCAGAGAGCUUCUUAGUGGUGAGAUUCAGACACGGAGCGAUCGAGAUGCCGGCGAUCACCGUCGACGAUUUCAUGAGCAGUUUCUUAGAGAACUGCGUGGCUUACGAGCAGUGCCACGUGGCGUGCUCAAUGCAUUUCACGACAUACGCGACGCUCCUAGAUUGUCUGACGAACACUUACAAGGACGUUGAGUAUCUAUGUGACCAAAACAUCAUAGAAAACUAUUUCGGAACAGAUACAGAGCUUGCGGGAUUCGUGAACAGUCUAGGCAGAGAUGUGGCGUUCGACAUAACACAGUGUUAUCUCAAAGACUUGUUUGAAGAAGUGAAUGAGUAUUACAAGAGUAGUUGGCACGUGGAAUGGGCUACUUUCAAAUUCACUUACUUUAACUCUCCUUGGUCUUUUGUCUCUGCUCUUGCUGCUCUUGUUCUUUUGGUCUUGUCCGUUAUCCAAACUGUUUACACUGUUUUCCAGGCUUAUCAAAAAUAAAAUUCAACCUUCUCACUAUAUUGUGAUUCAACAAAUUUGUUGGUAUGAUUUAAUGAAGUAAAAGCAAUUGA